AUAGAUUUAUUCAAAUAAAUCUUAAGAUUACUUUGAAGCGCUAACCGGAUCCGCAGGUUCACUCUUGUUACAAUGAUGAGUGCUGUCAUAGUUGAGUGGGCCAGGGACAGAAAAAAAUGUCGGUAACUUAGGAAGUAAAGUGAUGAACAAAUAUUACAACAUUAGAGUUUAAAACCACUACGCCUAAAUAUGGCGUUGUUUCAACUUUACACGCGGUACAAUAGAGUGUGGAUUCCAGAUGCUGAACAUGUUUGGAAAUCAGCAGAAAUUGUGAGAGAUUUCCAUUUUGGAGAUCAUAUUUUACACCUGCUUCUCGAGGAUGGCACCGAACUCAAGUACCCCGUUGACUCAUCACCACCAGAACUCCCGCCUCUCCGCAACCCGGACAUCUUGGUUGGGGAGAACGACCUCACCGCUCUCAGCUACCUCCACGAACCAGCUGUCCUGCACAACCUCAAAUUGCGCUUCUUGGAAUCCAGAAUCAUCUACACCUACUGUGGCAUCAUCCUGGUGGCUCUGAACCCUUACAAGCAGCUUCAUGUCUAUGGAGAUGCAAUCAUUCAUGCGUACUCGGGUCAGAACAUGGGUGACAUGGACCCUCAUAUAUUUGCGGUGGCGGAGGAGGCUUACAAACAGAUGGCUAGGGACCACAAAAAUCAAUCUAUUAUCAUCAGUGGAGAGUCAGGAGCUGGUAAAACGGUUUCUGCUCGAUACGCUAUGAGGUACUUUGCUGUUGUCAGCAAAUCUGGUAGCAAGACCCAAAUUGAAGACAAAGUUCUGGCAUCCAAUCCCAUAACAGAGGCCAUCGGGAACGCAAAGACGAUCAGGAACGAUAACAGCAGCCGUUUCGGGAAAUUCACCGAGAUAAGUUUUGACAACAGGUAUCGAAUUAUUGGCGCAAACAUGAGGACUUACCUGUUGGAGAAAUCAAGAGUUGUUUUCCAGGCUGAAUCGGAGCGGAACUAUCACAUAUUUUACCAAAUAUGUGCCUGCGCACAUCUGCCGCAGUUUAAAGAACUCAAACUCAGGAGUGCAGAUGAGUUUCACUACACGGGCAUGGGUGGCAAUAUCAUUAUUGAAGGUGUGGAUGACAGGAAAGGCAUGGAGGAGACGCAACAGACUUUCUCACUCCUGGGAUUGAAGGAGGACUUUCAGUCUGAUGUCUUCAAGGUUCUUGCAGCAAUUCUCCAUCUGGGAAAUGUGGAAAUCAAGAGCUCUGGGGAUGAUAGAUCAUCCAUUUCUAACGGCGAUUCACAUUUGAAAAUCUUCUGUGAGUUACUGGGCGUCCGCGCGGACAACCUGAUGCAAUGGCUGUGUAAUCGGAGGCUGGUUCUGGCAUCUGAAACGGUGGUGAAACCACUGCCAAAAGAUCGCGCGGUUACUUCCCGAGACGCCCUCGCCAAGCGGAUCUACGCUCAUUUGUUUGACUGCAUCAUUAACAGGAUCAACAAAGCACUGCAGGUUCCGGGGAAGCAACAUGCUUUCAUUGGAGUUUUAGACAUUUAUGGGUUUGAGACAUUUGACAUCAACAGUUUUGAGCAGUUUUGUAUCAACUACGCCAAUGAAAAGCUUCAGCAGCAGUUUAAUUUGCAUGUUUUCAAACUGGAACAAGAGGAGUACAUGAAAGAAGACAUCCCAUGGACGUUAAUAGAUUUCUAUGACAACCAGCCAGUCAUUGACUUGAUUGAAGCCAAAAUGGGAAUCCUGGACUUGCUUGAUGAAGAAUGUUUGUUUCCUCAAGGCUCCGAUCAAAGCUGGCUCCAAAAACUGUACAACUACCUGGACAGCAAUCCUUUGUUUGAGAGACCCAAGCUAUCCAAUGAGAUGUUUGUCAUUCAGCACUUUGCGGACAAGGUGGAGUAUCAGUGCAAAGGUUUUCUUGAGAAGAAUCGAGAUGCUCUUUAUGAAGAACUGAUUGAAGUUCUAAGAGUCAGUAAGUUUGCCUUUCUGGCCAAAUUCUUCCAAGAGGAGGGCCAAAGUGGUCUUAACAUAAAAGGUAUCAGGGUGAUGCCGGCCAGGCCCAGUGUAAUGUCGGCCAAUAAACAGCUGAGGACCUCAGUUGGGAAAAAGUUCCACAGUUCCCUUGCUUUGCUGAUGGACACUCUGAAUGCUACGACUCCUCACUAUGUGCGCUGCAUUAAGCCCAAUGAUGAAAAGCUGCCAUUUGAAUACGAUUCUGGACGGGUGGUGCAACAGCUGCGAGCCUGCGGAGUGCUUGAAACUAUUCGUAUUAGCGCCCAAAGUUACCCAUCGAGGUGGACCUACUUUGAGUUUUACAACCGAUACAGUGUUUUAAUGACCAAUGUGGAGGCGGGCAUCAAUGACAAGACACAGACAUGCAAAUCUUUGCUUCAAAGGUUGAUUCAGGACUCUAACCAAUACAAGUUCGGUCGCACCAAGAUCUUCCUUCGAGCAGGUCAGGUAGCUUAUUUAGAGAAGUUACGUCUGGACCAACUACGAGGGGCUUGCAUUACCAUCCAGAAAUACGUCCGUGGGUGGAUCCAGAGAAGGAAGUACCUCCGCUUGAGACGGGCUGCCAUCCUGAUACAACACUACAUCCGUGGCAAGAGGACCGUACGCAAAGCAGUCAGUGCAACAAACCUGAAGCAAGGCUGGUCGGCAGUGGUGAUCCAGAGGUACUGGAGAGGCUUCCGCAUAAUGAAGGCCUACCAAACGGUACGCUUGGCCAUCAUCACCAUCCAAGCUUUUACACGAGGUUGGCUGGCCCGUAAAUCCUAUGCCAAGCUGGUAGAAGCUCGCAAGGCCUUGGUCCUGCAAAAGUAUGCCAGAGCGUGGUUGGCUCGGCGUCGUUUUAACGCCAUUCGUCGACUGGUGCAUCAAGUUCAGCUCUCCUUCAGGGUGGAGCAGCUCCGAAAGAAGAAUGAGGAGCAGAGUAAAGAGAACCGCGGCUUGGUGGAAAGACUGACAAGCUUGGCCAGCUCUCAUUCUCAGGCCAUGGAGAAGCUUCAAGCUAUGGAAAUACAGCUGGGAAAAUCAGCCAACCAGAAGGCAUCCUUGGCAGCAAGAGAGAAGAAAGCUCAACAAGAUGCUUCUCUGAAAAUGACUGCGCUUCAAAGUGAAGUUGACGGGUUAAUCAUUGAGAAACAAGCCAGAGAAACAAUGUUUGAAGCCUCCACCAAGGAGCAGAAAGAAAAGUUUGAUCAAAUUAAAAUUAAUCUUCUGGAGGAGAAGGAAACUCAAGCAAGGCUCCGAAAGAUGGCUGAGAACAACCUUGAAAUGCAGAGACGGGACCACGAGAAGGAGCUGGGAGUCCUGAGAGAGGAAAUCAGGAAGUUGAAGGACGAGAGAGCUGCUCUUCAAAUGAAGAUGGAGGACGGCGACCAAAUGACUAUUGACCUGCAAGAUCAGGUGGCUCAGCUCACCAAACAUGUCAAAGUCAUUCCUGAGCUCCGCAAGGACAUCGCCAACCUACAGAGUCAAAAGAAUAACUCAGACCGAAAAAUGAAGCAACAAUCGGAAGAAGCAAGAGCUAAACUGCGUGAAAUUUCAAGACUACUUGCUGGAAGCAUUGUGGAAGAAGACGUGCUUUCGGGGCUAACUGAAGAUUAUUCUGAGAAAGCAUAUGAAGCUGAAGACCUCCUGGCAGCAUUUAGUGGUUUAGAGAAAGUGACCAGAACAUUGGAGAACCAUCGUAAAGAGCAGAAGGAAAGCUAUGACUCUCAAAUAGAAGGCUUGAAACUGAAAGUGGAUUACCUUCAAAAUGAGUACAGCAGCUUGCAAACACUUUUUACCGAGAAAAAUAACAUAAAUGAGAAUAUUCGCCAGGAGGUGUCCCGACUGAGCCGUGAGAACUCGGUUAUACCAGAGCUGAAAGUUCAGAUUUCAGAGCUUCUAAAACAAAAAAAUGAGCAUGAGAUCCUCAUAGAAAACCUGAGAAAGGAGUUGGAGGAAAAAGCCGACGAGAUGAAAAAUACCUUUGAAAAAAGGAUUGAAGAAGAGAGUUCAAAACGAAGGCACUUAGAGGAACAAGCAGAGGUGCUGGAUGAAGUGAAACUCGACCUUCAAGGUCAAAUAAAAGACUUAGAAGAGGAGAAAGAUCUUUUGAGCAGACAACUACAGAUGGAGAGAGAUGCCAAGAUUCGACUCAGACUCGAAGCCACGCAGUUAUCGUCAAAAAAUUUGGACUUGCAGGAGCAGCUUGACGACAAUGAAAGAAUCAUUAAACAAUUACAGAAUCAAAUGAUAAGCCUUGAAACAGCACAAAAAGGUGGAAAAAAAAGUAUUUUUCAAGUUCAAUGUAGAAUGAAUAAUGAAUGUCAAAGUUUUAUUGUGUGUCACCCAGCCCAGAAAAUGAUGUCACCUCUUCCAAAGCAUUAUCUUGGAAUGUUGGAGUACAACAGAGAGGAUGAAUCCCGACUCAUUAAAAAUCUGAUUUUAGACCUUAAGCCCAAAGGUGUGGCAGUCAACAUGAUACCAGUUCUGCCAGCUUAUAUUCUCUUCAUGUGUGUACGGCAUGUCGACUACCUCAGCGACGAAGAUAAACUUCGGUCUUUGAUGAACGGCAUUAUUACCGCUGUGAAAAAGAUCACCACAAAUCACCCAAACGACUUGGCCUUGUUGUCUUUCUGGCUGUCAAACAUGUACCAGCUUCUCAACUGUCUCAAGCAGUACAGCGGCGAGGAGGAAUUUAGGAAACAAAGCACUGCCCGUCAGGUGAACAACUGCUUGCAGAACUUUGAUUUGUCAGAUCACCAGCAGGUCGUCAGCGACUUGGCCAUUUGCAUCUAUCACCAGUUUAUCGCGGCCAUGGAAAGAUCGCUCACACCUGCGAUUGUACCUGGUAUGUUGGAGCAUGAGAGUUUGCAGGGAAUUUCCAGUAUGAAGCCCAGAGGCUUCAUUAAACGUUCCAGCGAUGACAAUGAAGACAUGGAGACCUAUACAAUCUCCUUCAUCACUCAGCGGCUCUCUCACUUCUACAAUAACAUGAUGCAACAUGGAACGGAGACACACCUCAUUAAACAGGUGGUCAAGCAGUUGCUCUUUCACAUCGGUGCGACCACCCUCAACAACCUACUACUCCGGAAAGACAUGUGUUCCUGCAGGAAAGGAAUGCAAAUCAGGUGUAACAUCAGCUACCUGGAGGAGUGGCUACAGGAGAAAGAGUUGCAAAAUUGUCAUCUCAUAGACACGCUCAAGCCGUUAGCUGAGGCGGCCUGGCUGCUGCAGGUCAGCAAGUCCACCGAUGACGACGCCAAGGCCAUUACCAAGAAAUGCAUCGAGCUCAACACGGUUCAGAUUGUCAAGAUUCUAAAUUCAUACACACCCAUCGACGGUUUUGAGAAGAGGGUGGCGUCGUCGUUUGUGCGUAAAGUUCAGUCACUUCGACAAGAUCAUGACGGCUCGGCGCAGCUGAUGAUUGACCCCCAUUAUCGUUUCCCAGUUACGUUUCCUUUUUAUGCUUCCUCACAGGCUCUGGAGCUGUUGCAGAUUCCCAAUAGCCUUCACCUGGAAUUUCUUACCAUGAUCUGACCUAGGGAGACUUUGAACUUUUCUCUUUUUAAGCUUAACCUUUAAUCAAAUACCAUAUCUUUGGCGCACAGUUGCUGUAUCCCCCUAAAAAAAUCUAUUUAAAAAUAGCAAUGUUGUCAAGCUGUCAGCUUUUAACCAAUUCAGUGUCAGCCCUUGCAAUACACUAACAAUACUGCUUAAAAUCUUACUGAGUAAUUUAUGAAACGCUUCUUGAUUUGUUUCACUACGCUUGUAUUAUACGGCACUCAGAAGGAGCAGCACAAUGCUCAUUGAGAUGAAGAAAAAAGGUGUCGUAACUGUUUUAAACUUACAUUUCAGUUCAAUUAACUUUUCUUCAUUACAUUACAAAUAAACAACACAUGUUUACAUAUAGAACAAAAUUAAAGUGAAAAAGAAAAUCAUAUACAAAUACCCCAUAUUUAAUAUACUGUUCGAGGACACCAAUUGCGUUUGACAUUUUUGUUUCUAUGCUUUCUUUAUUCCAUAACUUCGACCAAGUACAUCUUUCCAUCACUGUGGUUCUAAAUUUUUGCAUUUUAACGCAUCUUUGACUUUUAAACACUAACAUUCUAUUUAAUUAUUUUAUUAAAUGGUUUUA